CGCGUCCGUACCAAAUGGUGUGGCGCCUUCUCCUUCCCGUCGCCGCGGCCACCGCCGGUGCCUCCUCCACGUCCUCCCUCGCUGCGGCCACCGCCGGUGCCUCCUCCACCUCCUGCUGCUCGACGCUCCAGGCCACGGUCGCGCUCUCCGUCUGCGAGGCGCCGUGGUGGCAAUGGAUCCCUCCCGCGGCCUUCUUCCUCCCUCGCGAGUGCUGGGCCGAGCUCUUCGUGCCGAAGCGCCAGCAGAUGGAGUUUGAGCGCUCCGUCCUCCAGACCCGCUGGGGCUCGCCCGUGUGGGUCAACCGUGAGGGCGGCUUCUUCGCGCCGACCAACCCGAUCUACCUCUUCGCUCGGUGGGUGGUGCACGCUCGAGUGAGCGACGGGCAGGCCGCGUACCUCUUUGCCGGCACGGACGGCUCGUGGCAGAUUGGCCCCUCCUUCACCGAGCCUGGAACGGACGCCGUCCUCCGCUCCGAGGCGCCGGCAGCGUGCGCCGAGGAUGCCGCUUGGGAGUUGGCGGACGAGGCGGCCCACCAGGCGGAGGAGCGGCUCUCGCAGCCGAUCGCAACCAUACGCGCCUCCGUCUCGUGCCCUGCGCCGCCGCCUCCGCCGCUCGACGCCGAGCCGCCCUCGACGCCCUCGCCGCACUCCCCCCCUCCCCCGCCGCCCUCGCCGCCCUCGCCUCCGCCGCUCUCCAAGCCAGACGGCCUCCCUCCGCCGGUCAAGGUGCUGCGCCAGUCCCUGCCCCUCGACCCGGUGUGGCUCUUCCCGAAGGCGAACGCGGCGGUGAUCCCCGCCCUCGCAAAGGCCUUCGGGGUCCCUCCCUGGGACGUCGCGCUCGAGGCUGACAACUCCACCUCCCCGCCCCGCGUCUCCCUCGUCCUCACCCCUCGAGACGCGGCCGCCGCCUCGCGCGCCGAGGCGCUGCUCGCCGUGUCGCGCUCGGCGGCGGGCUUCUCCGCCGGCGCGGUCGGAAGCCUCUCCAGCCACCCGGUCACGCGCGACGCCUUCUACCUCGCCGCCUUCCUCGGCUCGCUCGCCAAGGCUGCCUCGGCCGGCGGCGCGACCGGCAGCCAGACGUGCAGCGGCUCGUGCGAGUACGGAGGGUACGGCUGCAUGGAGAAACAGGGCGCCGAGUACAACGACGGCUUUUGCCUCAAGCUGUGCGUGCCGGCCGAGCCUUACCGCGGCGGCGCCGUCAUCAACCCGGUUUGCGUCGACGCCCCUCCGCCGGGCGUCGGCGACGACGCCGAGGGCACCGUCGUUGUGAACGAGGACGAGGCCCUCUUCUGGGGCGAGGGAGUGCAGGGAGGGGGGGGCGAGGCCGGCUCGGCGGCCCCGCCGCCGGCGCCCCCCUCGCCCCCCUCGCCCCCCUCCCCGCCUCCGGCGCCCCCCUUCCGCGAGUGGGCCCGAGUCGGCGGCCUGCUCUGCCCGUCGGAGUGCGUCGAGUACGGAGGCCCGGCCGGCGCCUGCGACGAGCGGACGGAGGAGGAGGGGUCGGUCUGCUACGUCCCUUCGGUGAUGCGCCUCGUCAAGGGGCGCGAGGAGCCGUACCGCUGCUCCUACGAGACGGCUGCCGUCGGCUGGUCGGGAGGGCACCUUACCGCGCCCCUCAACCACCCGGGCUUCGACGCGGCGUCGAGCGAGGUGCCCGAGGCGCUCGGCUGCGUCGCGCGGCUCGUGGCGGAGCCGACGCUGUGGGCAAACUCGAGCCUGCCCGGAGGCCGCGGCGGCCGCGGCGACAAGGAGAGCGAGCUCCGCCGCAUCGCCGCCCUCGGCAUCGAGCGCGGCGUCCUGCCUUCCUCGUGCGGCCGCUUCCUCACCACGCACACCACGCCGUGCGCGCGCUGCAAGGCGGACUGCGCCAAGCAGGAGCUCUCCGCGCCGCCGCUCGCGCAGGCGGCCCUGGUCCGCGAGGCAGCGCCCCGCCUCCCCCCAGCCAAGACCAAGCUGCCCGGCGGCGCUGCCGGCCUCGCCGCCGGCCUCGUCGCCGCCGCGGCUUUUCCGUUCGCUGUUGCGGGGAGGCGGGCGGGGAGGCUCCUGUUCAUACGCCCCCUCGCCAGGCGCCUGGCCCCGGAGCUGCCCGGGACAUUAUGGCGCGACGCAAGGGCAACACGAAGCACCGGCGACGGCGGCCGGAUUUGGGCCAGAUCGGUUUGCGCGUGUGACUAGAAUUGCGCGCCUUGGUACUCGAUAGCGGUCCCGCCGUAGCUCGCGCAUAGAAGCAGCAAGCUAGGCGGAGGCCGCAUCGCGUUCGCUGUAUACGUUUUACCCAAAACCGGAACAAAAAC